GAAGCUGCACUCAGCCUUUUUUGAAAAAUUGAAAAUGGGCGUGGCGUCGCCCUCUUAUGGACCAAAAACCAUUUCUCAGGAACUACUUUACCGAUUUCAAUGAAAUUCGGUAUAUAAUAUUUUCUUGACACCCUGAUGACAUGUACGAAAUAUGGGUGAAAUCGGUUCACAACCACGCCUUCUUCCAAUAUAACACUAUUUUGAAUUCCAUCUGAUGUUCUCUGUAUAAUAUAUACAUUAGGAACCAAUGAUCGUAGCAGAAUAAAACUUUACAUAAAUACGGUAUUUGAGCUGAGGUAUCCCUUGUGGAAAAAUUGUCGUGAUCGGACUACAACUUUUCAAGGCCUAACCUAGCCUAACCUAAUUUUUCACCGAAAAUAUCGGUAAAUCUCUCAGAAUUUAAUUCUAAUUAAUUUUACAGCAAAAUAAAAAAAAUAUGUAAAUGACGGAUAAUGAAAUCUCGAUUAUCACUUUAUCAUGCGAGAGUGUAAAAUGUUCGGUGACACCCGAAAUUAGCCCUUCCUUACUUGUUUUUAGUUCAUGCGCGGAUUUCAGUAAAGCAGCAUAGCUCCCGAAAAUAUUUUUUUUUAAAAGGUAAGAUAAGAAAUAUGUAAUUCUAAAUGUAUAAAAACAUACAGUCCACUAAUAUUAAAUAUCCAUGUUCAAAUAUAUAGAACAUUAAUACACAUAUACACAAACAUAUCUAUUCUUAAAAUGCAUUUGUCAUGGAAAACAAUAGCACUAAACAGACAAUAACACAAACAUAAUUACUAAGGAUAAAAUGUUUGCAUUUAAUAACUCAUGGGUUCUAAGAAUAUAUUUAAGCAACCGUUUGUAUAUGUACGCACAUGAAAACAAACCCAAGGUCACACAACCUAUGUUAAAACAAUAGGCAACUUACAUACAUAUAAACGUACACAUAUACAUAUUUAGUUAUUUAAGAUAUUUUGAAAAAUAGUAUAUAAGGGUUUGGAAUUCAAAAACAAAAUCAGAAUUAAAUAUUUCUUAGCUUAUAAACGAUCUUUAUUUUUACCCCACCAGUGUUAAGAAUCUAAAGAAUCUGAUUUAAGUUUUAAGUUUGAUCAUAAAAAACAAACAGUUUGAUAUUACAAUUCAAACAAUAAUUAUUAACCCUUCAAAAAAACUUUCGUUGGAAGUGUUGUAAAACUUCAACUUCUUAAAUUUAAUUUUGGCAGUUAAAUUUGGCGGAAUGAGCUCUCUGCGUACAAAAUAAAAUCUUGUAAAAACUGAUUAGGGAUUGGAUAUUUUUUUUUUAUUUGUGUAGAUGCAAUUAACCCUUUCAUGUAAUUUGUUGCUUAUAGGCAACAUUGCAUAUUUCUGUCGAUAACUCCUCGAAAUAUCAAUAUUUUUACAAUCGGUUUUUUUUCGUCUCUAACGGAUAUCUGCGAGCACUAGUUUGCGAAGUUUCAUGACGAUAGCUUAACAGGUGUUCAUUUGAUAACUAGCUAAAGUUGCGUAAAAACUUGUGAAAAAGAAAGUGACAAAAAUAAGCUUUGAAAAAGUUAAAUAAAAAGUAAACUGACUGCCAUUUCUUUAUACAAAGUGGUUUAUUUUAUAAAUAACAAAUAUGCGUCCCAGAGGUCUUACAGAAUCAGAAAUAAAUAAAAUUAUCAAUUUUGACUGGAAUAAUUCUGAAUAUGAGAAUGAAGAAGAAGAAGAGGAAGAGAAUUUGGAGAGAAACAAUUGAAGAGGUGAGAAAAAAGGGAGAAAACGUGGAAAUGAAUUUGAUAAAUGAAAUCAUUGAAGGCGGUGGAAAUGCUGAUGAAGUUGAAAAUGAAGUGCUCACAGAAAAAAUUGUCAGUGAAACGUAUGAGAAAAUAAACCUGGAUAGUUUGAGAUGGAGGUCAGCAUGCCUACCAGAUUGCGAAACUGUUUGGAAAGAUGAAACAAUUUGUCAAGAAGUCAAAGAUCCUGUAAACUACUUCAAUGGUUUCUUCGAUGAUGAAAUCAUAACGAAGAUUUGUACCGAAACAAAUCUUUAUUCUAUGCAAACGAAUGGCGUAGAGCUUCAUUGUGCACCUUUCGAAAUCAGACGAUUUAUUGGCGUACUUCUUUAUUUGGGCGUGAUACAAGUUCCAAAUAUGCGAAUGGCUUGGACGCCAAACUUCAAAUUAUCAGCUGUUGCGGAUUCUUUAUCCAGAACACGCUUUGAGAAAAUCAAAGGAGCCUUUCACCUAAAUGAUAGCACAAAACAGCCGCAACCAGGAUCACCCGAUUACGACAAGCUAUAUAAAAUACGUCCAUUAUUGGCCAAACUGAAGGAGAAAUGCAACAAAUUACAUCAGGAAGAACAUCAGAGCAUAGAUGAACAGAUGAUAAAAUUUAAGGGACGUCACAGUCUAAAGCAAUACUUACCCAUGAAACCCAAUAAAUGGGGUUUUACAAGAGCUGGAGUUUCAGGCAUCGUAUACGAUUUUGCUCUCUAUGUUGGAGACGGAACAUGUCCAUCUUUUGGAUUGGGUAUUUCGUCAGAUAUUGUGUUGUAUUUGGCUAGUAAUGUGCCUAGAGACAAAAAUUAGAAGUUAUUUUUCGAUAAUUGGUUUUCUUCCAUAAGCCUGAUGAUUGCACUCAAAGAACGAGAUAUUUUAGCAGCAGCAACAAUACGAGGCAAUCGGAUUAAAAACUGUAGCCUUAUGAAUGAAAAUGACCUCAUGAAAAAAGGUCGGGGAUCAUACGACUUCAAGUAUGAAGCUGUACAUAAUUUAGCUGCCUGUCGCUGCUACGAUAACAAAGGUGUGCAACUUUUGUCAAAUUAUAUAGCUGAAAAUCCGGUUUCACAAUGCAGACGCUGGUGUCGUAAACAAAAAAAGUACAUAGAUGUACCUAGACCGGCUGUUGUUGAAUGUUAUAACAAGCACAUGGGAGGUGUAGACUUGGCUGACAUGUUGUUAGACUUAUAUAAAAUCAACCACCGUUCUAAGAAAUGGUAUAUGCGCAUAGUUUACAGGUGCAUCAGCACAGUGGUAGUCAAUAGCUGGUUGCUGUAUAGACGAGACCUAAAAAAUCAAGUCACACGAACGAAAUAUAUGACAUUGCUGGAUUUUCAAUUAUCCAUAGCAAACGAGCUUCUUCACCCGUCUAAUAUUACGUCAAUAAACCCACGUAAAAGAGGUCGUCCAUCGGCAAUACCUGAAAGAAUGGAACCAGGUUCAUCUUCACCAGCGUCGCCGGUACCAUCUAACGUGUCAGAAAUUUCAAUGAGCUCUUCGCCGUCAAAGCGAUCAUACAUAAGUGAACCUCCGAAGUCGAUGCGUCUUGAUCAAACCGGUCAUUGGAUUGAAUGGGUAGGAAAAGGAAGGUGCAGACUAUGCCAGACUGGUAUUCCAAAAUCUAAAUGCUCAAAAUGUAAGGUGCACUUAAGCUGUAACCCACAGAAAAACUGUUUUGUCUUAUAUCACACAUGAAAUGUAUGAAAAGUAAUAAAAAAAAUGAAAACUAUCAAUAUUUGUAUGUGUUUGAUUGUAUACUACCAUGGCUCAAUGUUGCUUAUAAGCAACAUCUUAUAACUCAAAAACCA